CUUCGGCUAGUCGACGCAGCACCUUGCCUCGCUGUCCAAGUUUCGGCCAACUCAAAGACGAGAUGAAGCGUUCGCUAUCAGAAAGCAGACGGAGCGCCUGGCAACAGCCGGCUUCUUGCGAAUUCUGCCGCUCCAAAAAGAUUCGUUGUGACAAGAAACGGCCCUGUUCGAACUGUACGACUAGACAGCUAGCAUGCCGAUAUGUUUCUGGUACGUCCAGUGCGAAGAAAAAGAUGCAAACCGGAUCACUGAACCGGAGAGGGAGGAUUAUGGCGACAGGUUCUUAUCGUUAAGGCGGCAUGUCCAGGAAUUACAAAGU